CUCGUCUUCGCCUUCUGGACAUGUCUAGAGCUCGAGAGGUAAGUUUAGUUGCUUUCCAGACGCUGUUCAAUGCGCGCUAAUUAACCGCUUAUGGACAACCAUAGCGGCCUCUUCAUUCGUCGAUCGGACGCCUUGGGUCCCAAAUGCACGGAGAUACCCUACCCUAACAUAAAGCUUGCAGACUCGGACUUUGACACGCAUGUGCUCAAGGGUUUCGCAGCCCAGGCGUAUCUCCGCAGGCGAUGGCACGAAAUAUACAACCUUCAUGACGGCGUAGACGAACCACUCCGCGCGGCCUACCUCCACCAUGCCGAGGAAGCCCUCAAAAAUCUCCAGUUUCCGUUUACGGAGAACGAACCGCCUGCGAAGGACGUCGUAUAUGCAAAGCUGCGUGCCGGAUAUUGGCGCGCAUGGGUGGUCACUUAUCGGCCGUUUGUACGUCGGGUGCUGGAAUUGAACGGCGCCAAUCGCCGCCGAGAACUUACUCCAGAGGACACGACUCUCGCAGGUCUUGGCAUCAAGGCAAUCAUCGAAUCUACUCGGGCGUUCCACGGGCUCGAGGCAACCAUUACAAACCCGUUCGAAACCGCUGUUGAGCAAUUGGGGAAUCUUGUCGUGCUUUUGGCGGCCUCUGUGGAUCCAACACUUCGCAAUUAUACCAGUGAGAGCAUGCUUAAAGAAUUUUUCUCCUGGGCUAUUGGGUUUGUUAGGGCGGUUGCGCACCCUACAAGCGCCCUUCAAACUAUCCUGAGCAUUCUGAUGGGCCUAGAGCAUAAGAUCAUCGAGAACCCCGGAUACUUUGGGGGGCAGAAGUGGAAGACCCUCGGGAUAUCGGUUGAGUAGAUAACAGGGAGGCCAAAAUCCGAGAGAGGGAUUGUGUAUUCCAAUGUACUUAUGGGGCAAAUUACAUGCUCCGCUGAAAUGCUUCAUACCUGCUCUGAGCAAGCUGUGAAGGAAACAGCGAAAUGCGCCACAUGGUGGCACUAGGUCAGAUGUUUUGCUGCUGCGCGCUGCUAAUGGCCAUGUCGUGAUUUGAC